AUGGGUCUUUAAUAUGGCGACAUUGUUCCAGUAACUGUGGUGGGAAAGAUCUUUGGGGGAAUUUGUUCACUUUCAGGAGUCCUGGUAAUAGCUCUUCCUGUUCCCGUGAUUGUCUCCAACUUCGCCAGAAUCUACCAGCAAAGUCAACAAGCCGACAAGAAGAUCAUCGAGCAGACUUCAAGGAGUGAACGGCUCAAGAAGCUUGCUCUGUAUCAACGUUCGGCUUUUCUGGCGGGCAAAAAGCUUGCAAAAUGUCGCAUGAAUGAGUUGACGGCCAGCGAAGCCACGAAAGGUGGAGGGGAUAAUAAAUACGCGGAUCCAAAUAAAAGGGCCAUUUGGACGGCGGAAGGAAAACGAGGACCUCUGAACGCAAUCGACGAAGAGGCCUCGGAGGCACCUCUACUCAAUCGUCUGAUGUUGAAUUCGGCACAAAUGCAGCAUUACCAUAUUCUCGCUUGUCUGGAACAACUAACAUUUGACAGUUUGGUUAAAGCGCAAGAACGCAGGAGCUUCUGCCGAACUGGAGUUCUGUAA